AUGUCUGCGCUCGUAGCAGAUAGUGUAUCAGGUUAUGGCUUUCCUGAUUGCCAAAAUGGCCCUCUAGCAGGCAAUGCAGUCUGCGACACUGCUCUGGACCCCAUUGCGCGUGCAACUGCCCUGGCCAAGCUGUUCACUGUUCCAGAGUUGAUCAAUAACACUGUUAACACGUCUCCUGGGGUUCCUCGCCUGGGUUUGCCAGCGUACCAGUGGUGGUCAGAAGCCUUGCACGGAGUUGCAGGCAGUCCAGGCGUCAAUUUCUCAACGUCGGGCGAAUUCAGCUAUGCGACGUCGUUUCCCCAACCAAUCCUUAUGGGCGCUGCGUUUGAUGACGAGUUGAUCAAGUCUGUUGGCAGCGUUGUGGGUAUGGAAGGACGGGCCUUCAAUAACUAUGGACUCGCGGGUCUAGACUUCUUUGCACCAAAUAUCAAUCCAUUCAAGGACCCUCGAUGGGGCAGAGGACAGGAAACGCCUGGAGAAGACCCGUACCACCUUGCCCAAUACGUGUACAACCUCGUGGUUGGCUUGCAAGGUGGUGUUGACCCGGAGCCUUACUACCAGGUCGUUUCCACCUGUAAACACUUUGCAGGCUACGAUCUCGAUGACUGGGAUGGAAAUUUUCGAUUCGGCUUUAAUGCAGUGAUCACUUCUCAAGAUCUCGUGGAGUACUAUUUGCCCUCGUUCCAGAGUUGUUAUAGAGAUGCCAAAGCCGGCGCUGCUAUGUGUUCGUACAAUGCUGUCAACGGUGUUCCUUCUUGCGCAGAUUCGUACUUGCUUCAAGAUAUUCUCCGCGGUUUCUACGGCUUCGGACAAGAUCGAUGGAUCACGGGUGAUUGUUAUGCUGUCGAAUUCAUCUACUCUAUACACAACUACGCAAACCCUCAACAGACUGUCGCAGAUGCACUAAAGGCAGGUACUGACCUCGAUUGUGGUGAUUUCUACGCAGAGUGGUUGCCAGUCGCAUACAACGAGUCACUUGUCACAGAGACCGACCUACGCACAUCUCUGGUUCACCAAUAUGCCUCGCUCGUCCGCCUCGGUUACUUUGAUCCAGAAAAUUGGCAACCUUACAGAGCAUACAACUGGAGUAACGUCAAUACUUCUCCUGCCCAACAGCUUGCAUACCAAGCUGCUGUGGAGGGUAUUGUGCUCCUGAAGAAUGACGGUACUCUGCCGCUCUCAAGUAGCAUCAACAAUAUUGCUUUGAUUGGCCCGUGGGCAAACGCAACCACCCAGAUGCAGGGAAACUACGCCGGUGUUGCUCCCUAUCUCAUCAGCCCGGUCAUGGGCGCGAUGGAUGAUGGCUAUAAUGUCACCUACGUGUUGGGCACCAAUAUUACAUCCAACAACACGAGUGGAUUUGCUGCCGCCGUUGCGGCUGCGAAGGAGGCGGACGCCGUCAUAUAUGCUGGGGGUAUUGAUCUCACUGUUGAGACUGAGGGCCUGGAUCGCUACACGAUCACUUGGCCCAGCACCCAGCUUGACCUUAUUGCUGAGCUUCAGGCGAUAGGCAAGCCUUUGGUCGUGGUACAGUUUAGCGGCGGACAACUCGAUGACUCUGUUCUCAAGGGUAAUGCUUCUGUUAAUGCGCUUGUUUGGGCAGGGUAUCCAGGUCAGAGUGGUGGAAAGGCAGUUUUCGACAUCCUUAGUGGCAAGGUUGCACCUGCUGGGCGCCUUCCUAUCACGCAGUAUCCAGAAAGCUAUGUCAACGAGAUCCCCAUGACGGAUAUGAACCUCCGUCCCAACUCCACGAGUCCGGGCCGUACCUAUAUCUGGUACACCGGCAUGCCUGUUUAUGAAUUCGGAUAUGGCGAGCACUACACCACCUUCUCUUACAAGUGGGUGCAAGCCCCCGCAAAUUCAUACAACAUACAGACUCUCGUUGAUGGAGGGAAGUAUGCUGCAUACUCCGAUAUCGCACCGUUUGCCACGCUCGUCGUCAGUGUGACGAACACCGGAAAUAUGACAUCCGACUAUGUUUCUCUUCUUUUCGCCAAUGGCGCGUACGGAGAUGCUCCCUACCCUAACAAGGUUCUUGUCAGUUACACUCGCUCUCACAGCAUUGCGCCAUGCGACACCGCAAUAGCUGAGCUACCAAUCACACUUGGUAAUCUCGCAAGAGCUGAUCUCAAUGGCAACUUCUGGCUCUACCCCGGCCGUUAUAAGCUUUCCCUCGACACUAGUGGAGUUUUGACCACCGAAUUCGAAUUGACGGGAGCUGCUGCUCAACUCACUUCCUUCCCGCAAAAUAACAUGACUUCAUGA